AUGGGGCUGAUCUGCCGUCAGAUUCUCUUUCUAUGGAAUUUGGAUCUGGAUGUUAGUUUUCCUAAUAAAGCGAUGUUCUUCUCAAACUCCUCCCUUCGCUACGCGUUGCUGGGAUUUUCCGAUUUCCCUUUCAUGCAGAUGUACCUGUUUCUGAUUUUCCUGAUCAUGUACCUGCUGACCGUCCUGGGGAACCUUGUUAUUCUGUCCUGUGUUGUGUUCGACCAACGUCUCCAUUCCCCCAUGUACUACUUCCUUGGUAACCUCUCGCUAGUGGACAUCUGCUUCACCUCGUCCACCAUCCCCACCCUGUUAUCAUCAUUCGUGUCGGACGCACGGUCCCUCAGUUUCCCAGCAUGCAUCACGCAAAUGUUUAGUUUCAUCACCUUUGGAAACCUGGAGAAUAACCUCUUAGCUGUCAUGGCCUACGAUCGUUACGUGGCAAUCUGUAGCCCCCUGCAAUAUACCAAGAGGAUGAGGUCUAGCGUGUGCGUUGCGCUGGUGUUCACGUCAUGGGUUGGAGCUUUCGCACACUCCCUACUUCACACACUCAAGGUCGCCGCUCUGGAGUUCAAUGGCGUGAAGCAGAUCAACCAUUUCUUCUGUGAAAUCUCUCAGCUCCUGUCUAUCUCCAGUUCAGACACCAGUAUUAACUUCUUGCUCAUCCAGACGGAAGGGGCCGUAUCGGUCGGCAUCCCGUUUAUUUGUAUCACAAUGUCCUAUACAAAGAUAGUGGUGGCCCUUGUCCGGUUGCGUUCAAAAGGCGCUCAAUUAAAAGCCCUGUCGACGUGCUCGUCUCAUCUGACCACCGUGUGUCUCUUCUACGGGACGAUUGUGUCUGUUUACUUCCGUCCCUAUGCCAGCUCCUCGGGGGUGGGGGAGAGGGCAGCAACAAUAGGAUACACGCUGCUCACUCCAAUGUUAAACCCAUUCAUAUACGGCCUGAGAAAUAAAGCAGUCAAAAGCGCAGCUGGGAAGGCAUGGCAGAGGAAGCUUUCGGCAAACUAA